AUGGGUGUGGUGAUGGGCGAGGACAAAGGAGUUGGUGAAGCAUCCGAGGAGGUUCCACUGUUCCAGAAGCUUCGAUCCAAGGAGACCGCCAAGGACUGGAAGGGCCUUCGCGUAACGGUCCAAAACCGUCAGGCCAACGUCUCUGUUGUUCCCUCCGUUGCCGCUCUCGUUAUCAAAGCCUUUAAGGAGCCCGAGCGUGACCGUAAGAAGAUGAAGAAUAUCAAGCACACUGAGAACAUCUCCCUCGACGACGUCAUCAAGAUUGCGAAGGUCAUGCGGCACAGGUCCAUGGCCAAGGACCUCUUUGGGACCGUCAAGGAGAUCCUCGGUAUGUGCAUGUCCAUCGGUUGUAUGGUCGAUGGGAAAGACCCAAAGAACUUGCAGCAGGAGAUCACCGAUUUUGAUGUCGAAAUCCCUCUAGACUUAGUUCCCCAUUGAGGAUUUUUUUUUUCAAAUAUAGUUUUAAUUUUUUUUUUUUUUGGGAUAAUUUGGAGAUUGUAUGGUUUCCUAUGUUUUAGAAAUUAGAAUAUUUGCAGGGAUUUAUAUGCUAAUUUAAUUAUGUUGA